GUGGAAAAACAAAAUGAUCUCUCUGGUAUUGGUCUUCAGGCAGGGAUCAUCUGCUAAGUCAACGUGAUAAAUCAAAGUCAGCAGCCACCUAAUCCCAACCUGCAAGUUUCCUUCUCCACUACCGAUGGGGAUAUUUAAGGAUCAUUGAUCUUCCUCCCAUCACAACAUCCUGGAAUUCUUAGAUUAUCUUGCCAUUUCCUUCAGCAUACACCAACAAUAUGAUUUCUUUAUCAAGCUCACCCUUCCAACUCAUAUUUUGCCUAAUGGUGUUACUCAUUCUCCCUUUCUCUUCACGUUCGGCAGAUCCUGAUGCUUUACAGGACUUCUGUGUUGCAGACUUUAAUUCCUCCAUAUCAGUUAAUGGCUUCUCCUGCAAACCUGCUGAACAAGUAGUUUCGGAUGAUUUUUUCUUCGAUGGGCUGCGCAAAGAGGGAAACACAUCAAAUGUCUUUGGAGCGACGGUGACUCCUGCCAAUGUUUUCACGUUUCCAGGGCUCAAUACAAUGGGACUUUCGACAAACCGGGUAGACUUUGGCCCUGGUGGACUCAACCCACCUCAUUCACACCCUCGUGCAUCUGAGUCCGGUAUUGUGAUUGCAGGAAAGCUGCUUGUAGGAUUUAUAACAAGUGACAAUGUAUUUCACUCAAAGGUUUUGAGUCCUGGGGAGAUGUUUGUGAUUCCAAAAGGACUGGUUCACUUCCAACUUAAUGUUGGAGAAGGAAAGGCUCUUGCCUUUACAUCUUUCAACAGUCACUUCCCUGGCGUUGUGAUUGCUUCCACAAAUCUCUUCGGUUCAACACCUUCAAUUCCUAAUUCGGUGUUGACCAAAGCCUUCCAGGUGGGAGAUGAUGUGAUCAAUGGCAUCAGAUCCAAGUUUGAUUCUUGACCAUUUUCAACUGCGUCCAUUUUCAAGAUUGUAUUUUAUCAUGUUAAUUUGCUCCACCAUCCUUCACCCUCCCAGGAGUGAUGGAUCAUUUAUUGUUUUAUAGUAAUAAUUAUUGCAUAUAAAAUAAGUAAGCUUUUGUAAUAACAAUUCAUCGUUGAAGUGUUAGUAUCAAUAGCUCAAUUAAAAUUCUAUUGUUUUGUAAUGAA